AUGUUGCCAAGGUUGCAGAGAUGUGUUGGAAUAAAUCGUUGUGUUGCUCAAUUUCAUGCUAUAAGAUUCAACUCUGUAGUCAAAGAUACAAAAAAAAAACUUGUUGAUGAUGGUAAAUCAAAAAAGGAAAACGGUUUCAGUGAUGAUGUGUUAAACAGAUACAAGGCUCAGUUGGAACAAAAGGCUAGAGAAUUGGGGCUUGACAAUGUGGCUGCGCUCAAGGAUAAGUACAAGGAUCAAAUUGAAAAGAUCAAAUCGGAGCUAGGUACUGUUGACUUUGCAAAGGAAAUCACAAACUGGGAACUGCUGCAACAGAAGGACAAUAAGAAGAAAGAUUCUACUGUUAUCAAUGUUCGAUCACCAAGGGAUAAAAGUGCUGAAAAAAAGCAAACACCUUACAAAACAUUGGACGACUAUGUAGAUGUGGAAAAGAUCAAGAAACUUUCUCGUGAUGAAAUUGAGUUUUUAUGGAAAACAAGAUUUCAAAAAGAUCCACAAUCACUUCACGCUGUUAUCAACAAUAAGCAAUUUGACGGAAUCUCAGAAAAUGCUGCUAGAUAUCCAUACUUUAUUUUGCCAUUGCCAAAGAAAGACGAUACAACUAAGAAAGAGGGAUAUCAAUUGGAGUUUGUUCAAUGGUCUUUUGUCGCUGAGGAAACAAUACACUGUUUAUUCACUUCAUUAGCAGAAUACAAGCUCCAUGGCGAGUUUGCCAAACCUCAUGUGGUCUUAACAUUCCACCAGGAUUUAAGUAAGGACAAAGAUAUAGUUUUGAUGCAAGGAUGGAAUGAGAAAGAUGGCGGUUUGUCAACUGAAGAAGCUCAAUUGUUGGUUUUGAACUUGCAACGAUUUUAUAAUGGGAAAUUCCCGCAAAGACUCCAAUUGGUCAAAGAGUUUAGUGAGGGAAGUGAAAAGUUUAGCUUGGAUAAAUUGGUCAACGAAGCUACAACCGUUUAA